CAAGAGCUUGGCGCUUCACUUCAAGUGAGAUUGCUCAUACGGGGCAAAAUUGACGUACGAAACCAGAAGGUCAGGACCCAGUUGGCAGUGUUAAAUGCACAGUCGGAGUCUCGGUGUCCCACAGCAGCGCGUUAAAAACGGAUGCGUAGUAAAUGACUCGCCAUCGGUUCCCACCGUCACCGUAGCUGGCGGCCGAAAGUCGAACGUGUCAAUAUCAGAGUUGUUCGCGUGAGUGCGGCAGUCUACCGGGGACACGUAUUGAACACUCCUUCGAACGUGUCGCAAGAGUCGAAUACUUAAUAAAGGGCGUCUUGUGGAUGAUUAGAUCCCUACAGAACUUCUUUCAAAUAACAUGGGACUUGCUAUCUCUCACAUUUUUUCAGGGUUAUUCACCCAACAGGAGACGAGACUGGUGAUGAUCGGACUCGACGCUGCGGGGAAGACAACGAUCCUCUACAAGCUCAAGCUUGGCGAGGUCGUCGCGACCAUUCCUACAAUAGGAUUUAACGUGGAGACUGUCGAGUACAAGAAUAUCGCGUUUACCGUGUGGGACGUCGGAGGCCAGUAUAAGAUUCGUCGUCUCUGGCAGUAUUACUUUCACAAUACGCAGGCCGUCAUUUUUGUGGUCGACUCCAGCGAUCAUGAUCGCAUCGCAGAAGCGAAAGAGGAGCUCCGCGUGCUGAUGGAUAACGAGCAACUACGAGAUGCGCUUUUGCUCGUGUUUGCGAAUAAGCAGGACCUACCUGGCGCUAUGAGCGCGAGUGAACUCACCGAUGGACUGGAUUUGCGGACGUUCAGACAGAGAACGUGGUAUAUACAGUCGACUUGCGCAACUUCAGGUGAAGGCCUGUACGAAGGUCUAGAAUGGUUGGCAACCAAUAUUAAGAAGCGUCGUUGGCAGAUUAAGUCAAGCCUGCUUCUAGGUGUUGAGCCUUGCAUCCAAACGACCGUUUGGUCUCCCUAGGAGUACCGGUCUAUUAUGUCCUAUAUGUUCUAUUAUAUGUAUAUAACCUAUAAUACUACUUACCUACUAGCUGUACUUGAC